CUUCCUUCGGGGACUUUCCCGAGCGUGGCGUCUUGUACGUCUGAGCUGUUUCGUUAAGCAGCUGUCGACGUUACAGGUGGAGGAGCUGCUCCUUAAUCCAACUCCUUACCGACGCAAGAUCAUCCCUUGUCCUAAGGCUGUGCUAUUGGCGUGCCAAGCGAAGAGCUCUGUCUGCGCUUCUCUCGUACAGCCUAGCUACAGCUGUUCUCGCUAAGUUACAGAAAUUGUGUUGUUUUUGUCCACAGACUUCGUCUGACACAAAUUAAGAGGGAAAAAUCCUGGAGGGAGGGAGAGAAGUGAGCGCUUUGUGGAAAGGACUGAAUUACAUUCUUACUUCUGCCCCUUGUGUUAAGAUGUUAAUUUAGAACCCCGUGUGUCCUGUGAUUCACAGCUUCUCUCCCGACAUCAGUGCGUUUCUGCUUGUGCAAAGACCAAGAGCAGUAUGCCUCUGAGCAGAAAUUGAGCUGCUGGUUAACUUUUCCCACACGAUGCUGCUGUUAGGCACAUCCUCUCAUCGAGCAAGAUUAGUUGCUAGGCUGUUGGGCCUUCUUGUUUCUACCCUUUUUUCCUUUUUUUUUUUGUCAUGUAUUUGUGUUAUGGCUCCUUUCAUUCAGUUCAUCUUGCACUUAGAGUGAUUUUUUUCAAUGUCCCCAUAGGCUUCUGCUAAAAUAAUCAGCAAUCUUAUGGCUGCUGAAAUUAAUAUUGGGUGGGAAGUCUUUCUAAAAUGCUGUUUCAGACUGACUAUAACUGAUACAAUGGAUUUACUGGGGUUUUUUCUUCUUUUUUUGUUUAGAGCUAGGAAGCGUAUAAGGACUAGGAUUGUGCUGUCUUUUAAAUAAAAAUAGCAGUACAAAAAAAAUAAAGCCUGUGAUCUGCUUUCUGAUCACAAUUUCUUCAGGAAAUUUAGAUGGAGUCUGUUGACCUGUUAGUUACCUUGGCUUUGGUAAAGUAAUGUUAGGAAGCUUAUUUUCUUACCAGCUUUUUCUGUGUGGGAGAUAAGAACUCAAUGAGAUGAAAAAGCAUAGUCAGUAAUACGUAAAAGCAACCAGCCCUGCAAACAAAAUGACAUAAACACAGAAAUGAUUUUGCUCUGUUCUAAUAAAGCAGUUAAAAUUGGUAGCUGUAGCUUUCCAUCGAAAAGGUUACAAUGCUACUACUAGCAUUUGGCUAAAGCUUUGGCUGUACUUUGCAGUGUUCGGGGGCACAUGUGCUCUCUAGGGGGUGGCUGCAGCGUACUGCCGGCACCACGAUGGCCGGGGUGUGCCGUUGGAUAGAAUGAGUGGUGUUCAAAAGCCUAGAAAAUGUUAGAAGUAGAAAGGCUAAGUGUAUUAAUCUGCUCAAUUCUAUGGGCCGAGCCUAUGCCACUAGCAAAAAGAGAAGUAUAUGCUUUCCUAAUCUGAGCAAAAAGAAACUUCUUUUUGGGAUUUUGUACCUUUAUAUCUCUGUGCAGGGCAAACGAAAUAAAACAGUGAGCAAUUCUCGUCAUGUUUGUACGAUUUGUUUGAAUCGAAAAGGCGCGAUAAAAGAAAAAGAGAAGAUGCCCUAAAAACCCCUGCUUUUGUCUUUCGGUCUUAUGUUGUGAGUUACCUUCGCUGUUGUUCUCUUAGCCAAGGAAUCCUCAAUCUGGACUUGAAUUUCCACCAAUUUUCUGGUAUCAAACUCUUGGUGCCUUGCCCCAUUUAGCUUUCUGGUGCUCUGUUUUAGACAGUUAACUGGGGAAAGGAGUAGAGAAUAGCAGUGAAAAGGAGGACACCAACAUUUCUGUAGGCUCCUGUGCUUUUUCAGAACCCUAAAGAGUCUGUUCUGGGAGCCCCUGCACUGUGAAUGAUUUUAUAGAACCCUGUGAGGCAAAUAGAUGCUAUCGACAUCUGUGAUGACUUGUCUUUUUCAAUUUUUAUUCCAGAAGAGUUGCCAUUACUGAAGAUUCUUAAUGCCAGAUAAUCAACCUACUGUGGAAUAACCAUGAAAGAGAUGAGGUAGCUGCCGAAGUGUGAGACAAAAUCUGAUUUCAAUGGAUACAAAAUAUAAAGACGAUUUAUUUAGGAAGUAUGUACAGUUCCACGAAUGCAAACUGAACGCCUCUGACAGCAAGCAGCGUCCUAUUAAUGAUGAAUAUUUGCGAGUGGCGGCGUCAGCCUUACUUUGCCUUCCCAAAAUUGAUCCCUUUUAUAGAUUCCGGUUGAUAAAAUUUUAUGAGAUGGCUGAAAACUCCCUGAGAUCGCUGAAAUCCUCAAGUUUACAUUCUCUCCAUAAUGCGUUCAGUGUGCUCGAGACAGUUGGAAUUAAUCUCUUUCUUUACCCCUGGAAAAAGGAGUUCAAAAAUAUUAAGACCUACACGGGACCCUUUGUUUAUUAUGUAAAAUCUACCCUAACUGAAGAUGAUGUAAGGCAGAUUCUAAACUACAUGGGUUAUGUCCAAGAACUGGGAACAAUGUAUAAGCUCAAAGAGCAGGUUGAUGCCAUUCAAGUGAAAAUGGUUUCAUUUGAACUCUUUUUGGCCAAAGUGGAGUGCGAGCAGCUUCUUGAAAUUCACUUGCAAGUGAAGGAUAAAGGUUAUUCAGAGGUUGAUGUCAUAAACGAACGAAAAAAUAGCAGUGAAGACGUUAGAGGUUGCUCAGAAGCCAUGAAACGACGUGCAGAGUGCAAAGAAAACUUAAAUACUUCCAUGGCACGAAUGGUUCUUCAGAAGUCAGCAAGUGAAAGGGCCUCUAAAGAUUAUUUCAAGCCAAAAGUGAGCAAGCCUUCUAAGUCAGUGGACACAUAUGAUAAUUAUUGGGAAAAUAAGAAACCACCUUUGAUGAGCUCACUGAGUCUCAGGAAAGAACCAAUUUUAGUUGAUGCAGAAGAUGACAUUAAAGAUGAAAUUAUCCGUCCAUCACCUUCUCUUCUGACAAUGUCAAGCUCCCCACAUGGAUGUUCAGAUGAAUUCUUGCCAACUUCAUCUCAUCACAAUGGCAUGUUAAGAACAAAUGUCCCUUAUAGCUCCUAUUUUUCUGCUCAAGAAGACUUAGAUUUAUAUACUGAUCCUGAUUCUAGAAGUAUGUUAAAUUUUAAAAGGCAAGAAGCUAUUAAGCCUGAUGUUUGGGUGUUAAAAAGUGAUGCCAACCCUGUUUACCACAAACGCACGCAUCUAGCCAAAGAGACAGCUUCCCUCAAGUGCCAAAACUGUGGCGUUCCUUGUGGCACUUCUGUUUGCCAAAAGUGUGACAAUCUCUUCAACUCCAGGCAGGAAUAUCCAGCAGUGAAACAGAGCACCUAUUCGAUCAAACCGAUUCCAAAUGAUGGCUUGCCUCCUGCAUCUGCUUUAAGAGAGAAAUCUCAGUACACUUCACAGACUCAGAGUCAAGAGAGAGCUUCUCAGUUCAGUUCCAAAUCCAAACCUUCAGGCACCUCGCGCUGUGGCUUUUGUAACCGAUCUGGAGCUGCAAACACUUGCACUUUUUGUUCAAAAGUCUCAUGUGACACUUGCCUCAAUGCUUACUAUUAUGAUCCCUGCUGUAGAAAAAGCGAGCUUCACAGAUUCAUGCCUAACAAUCAGUUAAACUAUAAAUCGGCCCAGCUGUCCCAUGUAGUUUAUAGAUAGACCUGAAUAGUCUCUUUUGGAGGGGAGGGGAAAGGGCUACCGUAACUAGUGUUCUGACUCCACUGGUAAGAAAAUACACUGACCUCUUAUGAAAAUGACAUGCCCAAAUACUUGGAACUAUGAUUCAGUGAUCAGGUGCCAGUUCUUGAUUUUUGUGGCUUCACAGAUGCUGCAGGUACAUUAGAGUUCAUGCUGCUAUAAUUUAGGUAACUUCUAACUGAUCAUUACUUUUCCAUUUAAAUCGGGGAGAAGAGCACAUUUUUCUUUAAAACUUGGCAGCUGCUGCACUUCAGAAAAGUGACAUCACACCUUUCUAUUACAUUGUAGUCAUCUCCUUGCCCAAAUAAAACCAUGUAAGGCUUUAAAAUAAAGACUUAAAAAUGAAGAUUCUCCUUUUCUAUGGAUUAUGAAACUACUGCCGGUUUUUGAUAAAGUAUGACUUUUAAAAUGUGCAAGAAAUAUGUGAAUGGCUUGUGUUGCCAACAAGGACUCAUUUUUGAAGUGUGUCUGCAUUUCUUGAUCUCCAAAAUGCAAACACUGCGACAUCUCUUCUUUUCAUCUUUGUUUCUUCCUUCUCCCCUUAUCACCCAGUUGUUUAUCUUAAGCUUAUAUAAUCUGAAUCUGAACAGUAUGUGCUUUAUUUUCUAGUGUUGCCAAUAUCAUCCUACUGGUUUUUACUGUAUGGUAUUUUAAAAAGGUGAACCUGUUUUCAUGUCACUUAAAUUAUGCCUGGAGUGUUGUCUUUCCAGAUGAGUACUGAUUUUAUUUACUUUCUGUUGCACAUGUGUUAAAUACCGUUCUUUGUACUGUAAAUAGGUAAUUUGGAAACAGUUUAUUUUUAAUAAAUAUUUAAUAUGUUGAGUUCUUAAAAGUGGUAAAAUCAUUAUACCUAUGAAGUCUCUCCUGGUUAUUUGUUCAGGUGACUUUUUGUUUUUGUGUACUGUAUUUCAUAGCUUAUUAUAGUCACUGUGGCAGACUGAUACUAUUGGCUCAGAUCAGUGUGUUUUUUAAUCCAGGUUUUUUUCCCCCCGCCCCCACUGAUAAGGCUACCACUAAGCUAACUGGAGUCUUGUCUAAGAACUGUAGGAUUUUGGUUCUCAGUGCACGCUUUUCUUUAUGGUUAUGGGAAUUGUAAGUAUAAAUGUUAUGCUUGCUUCUAAAUUCACUGCAAAGUCUGUAGUGUAGUCCAGCAAGUAAAGCACCAGCCUGGUUAAAAAUCAGGGCUCAUUUGUGACUCCUAUUAAAGUAAAUCCAUCAGUUCUGGAUGUGAAUUAGAUAAUAAUAUUCAUUUGUAUUACUGUAGCACAGAGGAACCGUAGCUAAGAACCGGGACUAAGAACCAUUGUGCUAAGCAUUGUACAGUUUGACACCCCCCCCCCACUCCCUCAUUAUGAAUAGGCUUUAGUUUUAUUCUAUGAAAAGGAAACACAAGAAUCCUUCUGACUUCCUUAUUCAGACUAGCUAGUUAGAACAAAAUAUCAGGCAACCUAAUCAGAUGUGCGGAAUUAAAUGUGUUUAAAAUAUAUGUAAAAAAAAAAAAAUUAGCUGAAGUGUAAACUGUGUAGUCCACUUUGCACUAAAAUUAAUCACUUAGGGUUUUUUUUUAAACAUUGUUAAGAGUCUAGGCUUCUAAACUUAAAUGUCCAUUGAUCCCUGUGUGACAGAAACAUGCAUGAAUGAUUGUUUUUUUUUUUCUUAAAUUUUUGGGGUGGGGGGAGGGGUUGAGGUAGGUAGAGGGGGAAACUAUAUAGGCUAAUGUUGUAAAAUAGCUAAAACAUUUUAGCCAUAAAUGGGUGUCAGAAGUAGUAUGGAAGUAGAUGAAACGUGAGUCUUACAGAGGGCUGAGAACAAUAAGUUUAUGUACAGUUUGCACUAAGAAACAAAGUGAAUGGCGUAUGUUUAGCAAUCAGGGAAAACUCUGAAUCAAGUGACUGCAACCGAACAAAAUGUUCCAGGCAAGUAUUACCUUGCUGACCCUGAAGGUUGGGGUAAAUAUUGUUUAGGUGAAUGAUUUUAAGGUUUUCAAAAUCUUGUAUGUUUUUUAUAAAUAUAUAAAUAUAUAUAAAUAUAACACAAAUGUAGAUACAUUAUGUAUAUAACGAAGAAUUUAAAACCAAUUUUACUAUUAAAAUACAGUUUAAGGGUGGUUUUCAUUUUGGUGGUUAUUUUGGUUCUGUUCACCUUCUGAAGUGUCAUGCCUGUUUGGCUGCUAUACGAUGUAUCUUCUAGUUCACUAGUUCAAUUUCCAUAUGGCUACUCACACUACAGUAAAUAACUAAAACUGUGAUGCCACGUAAUUUAUACGGUGAACAUAGCAGGGACUCUACUUGCUUUGAAAAAGAAAAGUCCUGUGUAUAUAUGUCUUGGAAUACUGUAGUACAAAACUGUGUUGAAUUGAAGUGAUUCCAUGCUCUAUUUUUGUGUAUCUUACUGUAUGAGGUUGCUGUGAUUGAUACAGUAAAAUAUAUGCUAAUUUAAAAUGCAGGUGUUUUGCAUCUGAUUUGUUAAAAUUAACUUAUGUUUUGAAGGAAUUCAAAAAUAAAGAGGCCUUUAAGAAAAGGCUUAACUCUUUUCUUAAA